UCUUUCCCACACGAAAAGCUCAGACAGACACGUGCUCAGAAGGAUUUGCGAAAUGUUGGUAGAAAAUGAGACAAAGAGUACACACAAGCGAGCUACGUCGUAUAUUGCAAGAGACACGUUAUUAGACCAACUUCGAAACCAACAAAUACCUUGUCAAGAAGCUUUCGAUACGUUGUUUGGAAUUCAGAACCUUCUUUGGCUUAUUGUCGCAUUAGCUUUAUUGCGGAUUCCCGUUCUUCGACUGCUUCGAGGUCAAUCUCCUGUGGAUCUGGGUUUCUUAGAAUGGUCUUUGGAAGGCUAUCGUGGAACACUAAUUAUGUUUGUCUUCAUGAUGUGGAGUUGUUACCUUUUCUAUCUGUUGCAUUGGCUCAACGCAAAGGGUGUCUUACAUGUUCGACUUGCCGACGUGUUGUUUCGUCUCAUGUCUCUUUUAAUGCUUAUAUUACCCUUCAAGUGGAUAUCUUUCAGAGGACUCUCUCCUGUUCCUUCGUUCUUCCUGGUGUUGCAGGCUCACAGUUUCUUUCUCAAGUCAUUCUCUUUCUACUCAGUUAUUGCAAGUGCAGAAGAAGAUGGAACAGCAAAAGAGGAAUUGUUGAAUCUAAGGAACUUUUCUUAUUUUAUUUUGGCGCCGACUUUAGUAUAUCGGACAAAAGGAUAUCCUAAAAGUGACAAAAUAAGGAUAGGCUUCCUUCUAAUGCAGAUUCUUCGUGGUCUGGGUCUCCUUGCUGUUAUUUAUCUUAUCAUAACCGAACAAAUGCUUCCAGUUUUUUAUAAAGCUGGAAAGCUAAGCUUAUUAGAGUCUAUCGUUCUGUUGACAUUACCCGCUGGUAGUCUCUAUUUGGCACUAUUUUUUAUCACCUUUGAGGUUGCACUGAACAUUUUUGCAGAAGUUACCUUCUUCGCAGAUCAUUAUUUUUACGAAGAUUGGUGGAACUCCCUAUCUUACGAUGAGUUUUCACGUAAAUGGAAUAGACCUGUCCACGAAUGGCUUGCUCAACAUGUCUAUAAACGAGCGCGCAUUCGAGGAUUCUCUCGAAUGGGAGGCAUUGCUUACACUACAUUGUUCUCGGCUAUAUUUCAUGAAAUAAUCUUGGCUAUAACUUUUGGCAAGUUUCGUUUAUAUAUGACAAUGAUGAUGAUGUUACAAAUUCCAUUAAUGUUUGGUAUGAAGCUGAUUAUGAGAAAAGAUUCUCUAGUCCGGAAAAGAAUAGUAAAUACCUUCUUCUGGUUUGGCAUGUUUAUAGGUCCUGCCAUUCUUAUCACUUUCAAUGUUUAUGAUUGGUAUAUUCAGUCCUCGGGUUUGAAUUAGUGGAAUAGAUUGUUUUUCUUCGUUAUAGAAAAAGAUAUUAUAUAGAAAUAGCUUUUGUGACCUUUCUAGUUGUUUAUAAGAAAGACUCUGUGUAGUCACAGUAGAUUUGAUUGAUACGAGUUUAUAUCGUGCAAUAAAUAAGAAGUGUUCUAAGAAAAUUGUCUCAAGGGAA